GCGGUCAGCCUUUUCGCCAAAGUGGUCCUUCGGAGCGCCAGACUGCGGAGCCUGAGGUUACCUUCGACGUUCUGCGAAUGCCAUGGCGUAUUCUGCAGCCCUAUUGUCCAGCUACCAGAUCGCAAAGCCGCGCAAUGCAUGGAGGCCUGGCUUGCAGCCCUGCGAAGACCGAAUUUGCCGCUCAGCAAGCUCUGCAUUGACUUGCGGUGCUUCGGCGAAGCUGAGUGCCACGCCUUCUUGGGUGCAGUUGCGGAAACGAACGCUCUGAAGUCGGUGGUCGUUCUCUCCUUGCCCGGAAUCGACAGGCCGGAUAGGGUCUUCGCCACCAUCAAGGAGCGAGGACUGAACGACCGAGUGGUCAUCCACGGGUCUUACAUGCGCAACGCAGAAUGUCUGCAGCAAUGCCCGCAAAUCAGCAGCGCAACAAUCAGAGUGGCCCGUUUUCGCUACAAUGGAGAGCUCAGUUUGCAGCCAGUUAUCUCAGCUCUAGAAGCGGUUCGUGGCUGCUCUCACAUAACAUCGCUCCGGGUUAAGUGCUGUGAUUUCGAUCGCAGUGUGUUCUCCGCCUUGGCGGCAUGUAUAAGAGCUCCUUCCACGCUUACUGAUGUAAACAUAAACUUCGGUUACGUUUUUGCCCGUCUGAGAAAAGAGAAUCGUGAGGUGCAGUCGGAACUAGUGAGAGCGCUGGCCUCCAAUCUCAACCUAGUCAGAGUCAACGUCAAGGGAGUACUGCUGUCCGACGACGAUUUCAAGUGGCUCGCGCAUGGUGCUAGCAAGAGUCUCCGCCUCACAGAAUUCACCAUGACUCCCGCCUGUACCUCCAGUGCCGGGCGUGGUGAAGUGUAUGGACCGGUGAGCAGCUGUUCGGUGCACAGGGCCGAGGCCGGGACGGGAGUAUCCACCAAGAAGAACAUCGCACUGGCCGAUAUCUUGGAAACGACCAGACGGAAUGCCUCCGCCGUCUUGGCCGCAGCUCAGUUCGUGUUUGGCGAGGAAGAUGGCCUCGAAGCCGCUCGUUCAAUCGAGCUGAUGCACGACCAUCCUCGUCUGCUCGAAAUGGUGAGCGAAGGCGCUGACGUCACCAAGGGCGACGCCAAGGAGAUGAUCAGCAGCGCCCUGCUUCGUGUUGGCCUCUUGAGCCUCGACGAGUUUAUGAGAAUGACCGGCGUCGUCAAGGAGAGGGCGCAAUGCCUUGCACAUCCUGCUGCCAGGCGUCAGCUCUCUGACUUGAACCUCGAUUGCUGGCUACACAUCCGCCGCUUCCUGAAGAUAGCGGACGUUCUGCAGCCUCGAGCCGAUCUAUGUGAAAACUGCUGGCAGUCACCGUCAACAGAGCAGAGAUUUCAAGGAUUUUCGUAGAAGACUGGCCAGGUGCCUGUGGCGUCGACGUACGGCUGGAUCAAGAAUUCAAUAAAAGAUUCAGUCAAUGAUUUAAUCAAUAAUUCAUGUCUGUUUCCGCAAUUGAGAGCAAAGAAGCUUUUGGAAAUGCAAAUAAUCCACUCGUGUAUGCACUAGAGACA